AUGUAUGGACAUGGUGUGAAACAAGAUAAAGCUUUUGCUUUAAGAAUCACAAAUCAUUUAUGCAAUAAUAAAAACUAUGAAGAUGCUUUGAAAAUUUAUCUAGAAUUAACUAAGGCUAAUGAGAUGAUAUUAGAAGUAUUAUAUAACUGCUAUUGUAUAAAGAACUUAUCCACAAAUAAGAAGGAUAUAGAG